AUGGGCAAAAAACAAAGGACGCGGUUCUCCGCUAUUCUUCUUUUCUUCUUCUUACUUGUUCUUCUGUUAUGGACAGGAUGUCCUGCAGUUGCUCAAACAACUGAGAAGGCUAAGAUGUAUACCUACGCGAUACUCAAUUUGCCGUAUAAUCCCACUGAGUCAAUGGCGGUAACCGCAUCGAAACGAUGUGCACAAAAUGGUAUGCAUCUUGCCAUGCCAAAUAAACUUGCAAAGGCAGUUGUUAUGGAGAAACUCAUUUCACAAUAUGGUCUUCAAUCAACUCGAAUUCUCUUUGGUGGAUAUGCUUUGGCCUGCCCCACUUAUACUUCGCUGUAUUUUCUUGUACCUUCAUUUAAUUUCUCGGUAUAUCCUGUGAAGGGUAGCGUAGAAGAGUGUAAUGCACUGCUUGGGGUAGGAGAAGGUGUGGAAAAGGUUUGCAGUUUAAACAAUACUUCACUGGGAACACCUAUUUAUCGUUUUGAUAAUAAUAAAACCGUAAAAGACUGUAAUGGACCGAUUGAAAUGGAUUAUGACCCUGUGAAGCGAUACCAGUUAAGUCCUCCGUCGGCUCACAGUCACCCAUUAUUGGGAUGGAGUCUAAAGGAGGGAAAGGGUGGGGAAGUUAUGUUUAUGUGGGAGAAUAUCUGUGCUCAUGAUGAUCCAUCCUGUAAAGAAGAAGAAGAAGGAGGAGUGUUGACGUCAGUGGAGUACGUUAUGUGUGAAUGGGAGAGUGAAGUGGGAAAAGAAACCGUCGACUUCCAGGUUGGGAGUUUACCAACCAUAUACCCGACUGUGGCGACUCGCACAGAUGCCCCUAAUGACCCUAUUCCGACUGAGUCGAAUCCAUUCGACGAUAACUCUGAAAAGAAACAUGAACACAAUGAUGUGUGGAUUAUUAUAGGUGUGGCAGGCUCUUUUUUCUUCUUUAUCAUUUUAGUGAUCAUUGUUGUCGCACAGUUUUGCAUUGCAAGAAAUCAUGCUGAAAGAAUCAUACGCACUGAAUCCAUGCGUAGCAGUAGUAUGUACGGUGGAUCUCAGCGAGGAAGCUUUGGUGGGGGCUCUAUGUCUUCCAGAAGGGGAAGCUUUGCCAGUAACCCCGGAGGUACCAGCGGUUAUCUCUACCAAAAACAAGGAUCAAGUCGAGGAAGUUUUAAUGGAGCUCCCAUGUCUCGACAAGGAAGUUUUAAUGGAGCUCCCAUGUCUCGACAAGGAAGUUUUAAUGGUAAUCCCAUGCAACGACAGGGAAGUUACAAUGGGAACUUAUCUCGACAAGGAAGUUUCAGUGGUUAUCCUUCACAACAAGGAAGUUUCAGUGGCUAUCCUCCACAGCAAGGGUAUGCUGUUCCUUUACAGCGACAAGGAAGCUUCAGUGGUUAUCCUUCACAACAAGGAAGUUUCAGUGGUUAUCCACCACAGCAAGGGUAUGCUCCUCCUUUGCAGCGACAAGGAAGCUUCAAUGGUCCUCCCUUGCAACGACGAGUAAGUUUCACUGAUGAUCCUAUACAACGACAAGGAAGUUUCAGUGGUGGUUCAUCGAGACAAAUGGCCCCGCCUGUUAACAAUGCAGCACGUCGAAGGAUAAGUAGUGGUGCUAGGUAA